GUGGGCGCCAGGCUCGCCGUGGCACGCGGUGUGUGAAGGGCAGCGGACAGGAUGCGAGCGCGGCGGCCGGGGUGGCUCUGGGCAGCACUGCUGGCGCUGGGGACACUGGCGGGCGUUGUCGUUGGAGAGUCCAGCAUCUGUACCACCCGAGGCGUGAACUCCUGCCAGCAGUGUCUGGCUGUGAGCCCUGUGUGUGCCUGGUGUUCAGAUGAGGCUCUGCCCCAGGGCUCACCCCGCUGUAACCUGAAGGAGAACCUGCUGAAGGACGGCUGUGCUCCCGAGUCCAUCGAGUUCCCAGUCAGUGAGGCCCAGAUCCUGGAGGACAGACCACUCAGCGACAAGGGUUCUGGAGACAGCGCCCAGAUCACUCAAGUCAGCCCCCAGAGGAUUGCCCUUCGACUGCGGCCAGAUGAUUCGAAGAUCUUUUCACUUCAAGUGCGGCAGGUGGAGGAUUACCCCGUAGACAUCUACUAUUUGAUGGACCUGUCCUUCUCCAUGAAAGAUGAUCUGUCAAGCAUCCAGACCUUGGGUACCAAGUUGGCUUCCCAGAUGCGCAAGCUUACUAGCAACCUUCGGAUUGGCUUUGGGGCCUUUGUGGACAAACCUGUAUCACCAUACAUGUUCAUCUCCCCACCAGAGGCCCUCAAAAACCCCUGUUACAGUAUGAAGACUGCAUGUUUGCCAAUGUUUGGCUACAAGCAUGUGUUGACGCUAACUGACCAGGUGACCCGCUUCAACGAGGAAGUGAAGAAACAGAGUGUGUCGCGUAACCGAGAUGCCCCAGAGGGCGGCUUUGACGCCAUCAUGCAGGCUACAGUCUGUGAUGAACAAAUUGGCUGGAGGAAUGACGCGUCCCACUUGCUGGUGUUCACCACUGAUGCCAAGACCCACAUUGCACUGGAUGGAAGGCUGGCAGGCAUUGUCCUGCCAAACGAUGGGCAGUGUCACAUUGGCAGUGACAACCAUUACUCUGCCUCCACGACCAUGGAUUAUCCAUCUCUGGGGCUAAUGACUGAGAAACUAUCCCAGAAAAACAUUAACCUGAUUUUCGCAGUCACUGAGAAUGUCGCCAACCUCUACCAGAAUUAUAGCGAGCUUAUCCCGGGGACCACAGUGGGAAUCCUGUCUGAUGACUCAAGCAAUGUCCUCCAGCUCAUUGUUGAUGCUUAUGGGAAAAUCCGCUCUAAAGUGGAGCUGGAAGUGCGUGACCUCCCCGAGGAGCUGUCGCUGUCCUUCAAUGCCACCUGCCUCAACAAUGAGGUCAUCCCAGGCCUCAAGUCUUGUGUGGGACUCAAGAUUGGAGACACGGUGAGCUUUAGCGUCGAGGCCAAGGUGCGCGGCUGCCCCCAGGAGAAGGAGCAGUCUUUCACCAUCAAGCCUGUGGGCUUUAAGGACAGCCUCACCGUCCAGGUCACCUUUGACUGUGACUGUGCCUGCCAGGCCUCUGCCCAGCCCCUCAGCCCACGCUGCAACAAUGGCAAUGGGACCUUUGAGUGUGGAGUGUGCCGCUGUGACCAGGGCUGGCUGGGAUCCAUGUGUGAGUGCUCCGAGGAGGAUUACCGGCCCUCUCAGCAGGAGGAGUGCAGCGCCAAGGAGGGCCAACCUGUCUGCAGCCAGCGGGGCGAGUGCCUCUGCGGCCAGUGUGUAUGCCACAGCAGUGACUUCGGCAAGAUCACGGGCAAGUUCUGCGAGUGCGACGACUUCUCCUGUGUCCGCUACAAGGGGGAGAUGUGCUCUGGCCAUGGCCAGUGCAACUGUGGGGACUGCGUGUGUGACUCCGACUGGACCGGCUUCUACUGCAACUGCACAACCCGCACCGACACCUGCAUGUCCAGCAACGGGCUGCUGUGCAGCGGCCGGGGCAACUGUGAAUGUGGCAGCUGUGUCUGCGUCCAGCCAGGCUCCUACGGGGACACCUGUGAGAAGUGUCCCACUUGCCCAGAUGCCUGCUCGUUUAAGAAGGAGUGUGUGGAGUGUAAGAAGUUCAACCGGGGAACCCUCCAUGAAGAAAACACCUGUAGCCGGUACUGCCGCGAUGACAUUGAGUCUGUGACAGAACUGACCGAUACUGGCAAAAACGCCGUGAACUGUACCUACAAGAAUGAGAACGACUGUGUCGUCAGAUUCCAGUACUAUGAAGACACCAGCGGAAGGGCCAUCCUGUAUGUGGUCAAAGAGCCAGAGUGCCCCAAGGGUCCUGACAUCCUGGUGGUCCUGCUCUCAGUGAUGGGAGCCAUUCUGCUCAUCGGGCUUGCCACGCUGCUCAUCUGGAAGCUACUCAUCACCAUCCAUGACCGGAAGGAAUUUGCUAAAUUCGAGGAAGAACGAGCCAGAGCAAAAUGGGACACAGCAAACAACCCCCUGUUUAAAGAGGCCACCUCCACCUUCACCAAUAUCACCUACCGGGGCACCUAACGAGAAGAGGUCAUCUUUAGACCAUUGUCAGACUAGGCCAGGGUUAUGGGAGUCUCUGCCGUCAUGUUUACAGGGGACAGUAUUUGUGGGUGGGAUUUGGGGCAUGGAUUGGGAUGGACUGGAAAAUGUCACUGUGUGGGGAGUGUAUCUCUGUGUGUGUUUAUAGAUAUGUGUGUGUGU